CUAGACAUUAAUAAAAUAAUUGCUCAAUAUUACCAUAAUCUACUGUAUUCAUUAUUCAAUCCCUAAAAAACAAGACACAUAAAUUAAAAAGAAAAUACAAAAAAUGGUUUCAGAACGGAAACAAACGUCACUCUCACACUUUGUUCAACCUGAGACACUCUUCUGCACUUUCUCUCUCCUCCUCUUUCUCCCUCUCUCCAGCUCUUUCCUGUUCUUCAAGAAUCUUUGCUUCCCAAAUUCUCUCUCCUCCUCUGCUUUUUCAUUCACUUUCCUUAAUUUUCAUACCAAUUUUCUUCCUUUUUAUGAUUCUUUUCAUUCUCUAAAACCCCCCAUUUUCCACUCUUCUUCAUCAAUUUCCCAGAAAUUACCCUCAAAAUUGACCCAAAUUCAACCAACCCAGAUAAAUUCUCUGCAAAUUAAGAGCAACCCAGAUAAUGGGGUGCUCUCAAUCGAAGAUCGAGAACGAAGAAGCAGUGUCACGAUGCAAAGACAGGAAAGCGUUCAUGAAAUCAGCUGUUUCCGCGCGCAACGCCUUCGCCGCCGCGCACAUCUCCUACGCCAUGUCCCUCAAAAACGCCGGCGCCGCUCUCAGCGACUUCGCUCAAGGUGAAGUGGUUAACCCCCUUUCUCUCUCCUCUGCUCCGGUGGGUCCCACCCCAGGUGGGGUUGGCCCCACAAUCGGAGAACUCCCAUCUCAGGCGCCACCGCUGCCGCCGGCGGUGCGUGACUUGCCUCCUCCUCCGCCUCCUAUCCCCGACAUGCCGCCGCCGCUUCAGCGCGCGACGUCGAUGCCGGAGUUUGUGGUUACGCCGGGGCCGAAGCCGGUCCCGGGAGAUACCAUUGAUGAAGGUGAAGAGGUAGACGCCGAUGAAGAAGAGGAGGAAGAUAUUGGGCGAUUGAGACAUAGGAGAGAUAAUAAAGGUGGGAGUGUUGGUGGUAGAAUGGAGACUACUCCGAGUAGCUCUAAUGUUGGCACUACUAAUAAUGUGGUGGGCCCGCCGCCUUCGUUGCCGCCUCAUGAUGAUAGAGGGAGUAGAACACCGCCGCCGCCGCCGCCCGAGGUGAAUAACCAAACUUGGGAUUACUUCUUUAAUACGGAGGAUAUGCCGGGUGGGAGCUUGAGGGAUGAUGAUGAUAUGAGAGGGGAGUAUGACCGUACUGUGUAUCAUCAAAGGGCAAUGAGGAGUUCAGGUGCUCCUGCGACGGUUACUACUACGGUUCCGCCUUCGAUUGAGAUGGUUGAGGAGAUGGUGAUGCCGGUAGCGGAGAAGCCGCCGUUGCCGAUGAUGGGAGGAGGAGGAGGGGGAGGGAGGAUGAUGAAGAAGGGGAAGCAGGUGGUGGGGCAAGGUGGGAGUGGUGGGGGUGGGGAAGGGAGAAGGAAGAAUGUGAAUUUAGUUCAGAUUUUUAGUGAUUUGGAUGAUUGUUUUCUUAAAGCUUCUGAGAGUGCUCAUUUAGUUUCCAAGAUGCUUGAGGCUACCCGGUUGCAUUACCAUUCUAAUUUUGCUGAUAAUAGGGGGCAUAUUGAUCACUCAGCAAGAGUCAUGCGAGUUAUCACAUGGAAUAGAUCUUUUAGAGGUCUCCCCAAUGCAGAGGAAUUUAAGGAUGAUUUUGAUUCUGAAGAGAAUGAAACUCACGCCACUGUGCUGGAUAAGCUGCUUGCUUGGGAGAAAAAGUUAUAUGAUGAAGUGAAGGCGGGUGAAUUCAUGAAGUUUGACUAUCAGAGGAAAGUUGCACUAUUGAACAAACAAAAGAAACGUGGUGCUAACCCUGAAUCGUUAGAGAAGACAAAGGCUGCUGUAAGCCAUCUACACACAAGGUACAUUGUGGAUAUGCAGUCUAUGGAUUCAACGGUCUCAGAAAUAAGCCGGCUGCGAGAUGAGCAGUUAUACCCAAAGCUUGUGGAACUUGUUGACGGGAUGGCCACAAUGUGGGAAGCUAUGCAAGUGCACCAUCAGAAUCAGGUAAAGAUAGCUUCAAACUUAAGAUUGAUUGACAUCUCCCAGUCCACUAAGGAAACAACCAACCAACACCACGAGCGAACCUUUCAGCUUUGGGCUAUAGUUCAGGAGUGGCACACAAGUUUUGAAAAAAUGGUGAACCAUCAGAAAGAGUAUAUCAAAGCCCUUAACAGCUGGUUAAAACUUAAUCUUAUUCCUAUUGAAAGCAACUUGAAAGAGAAGGUUUCUUCUCCUCCAAGGCCUCAGAAUCCUCCCAUUCAAGUCCUCCUCCUUGCCUGGCAUGAUCACCUUGAUAAACUCCCCGACGAGCAUGCAAAGAGUGCAAUACAUAACUUUGCUGCUCUUUUGGAUACUAUAGUCCAACAACAGGAAGAAGAAAUGAGAUCAAGGGCAAAGGUGGAAGAAUCGAGAAGGGAUUUGGAUAAAAAACAGCGCCACUAUAAUAAAUGGCUUAGCGAGUAUAUGCAAAAAAAGAUUCCUAACGAUGAUGCUGACCCUGCUUCUAUCGGAGAUGAAUUUGUCCACAAGGAUGAACUUAUGGUGGAGAAGGAAUUUGUGGUGGAGAAUGCUAAGAAGAAACUUGAAGAGGAUACUGAGAGUUACGAACGGCUAUGUACUCAGGUAAGGGAGAAGUCACUGGCAAGCCUUAAGACUCGAUUGCCAGAGUUGUUCCGAACACUAUCAGAAUUUGCGCUUUCUGCUUCAGAUAUGUACAGUAAUCUGAAGAGUCUCACUCACUCUUCUCAGAGUCGUAAACAAAAGGAAACCACGAAUGCAUAGAACUGGUAUUUAACUGGAUGAAUUUGAAGUUAGUAUUUAUAUAUUUUGUCAAAAAAUUUAUUUGUUCUUUUCGGAGGAAGGAGAGGGGUGAAAAAAUGCCCUAUUAAAAUAUACAAGUGUGUAAAAUUUUGCGUUUAUAUAAUUAUAUAUAAGCAUUAAGUGGUAGUUGUAGAUUUGUAGUUGCAUAACCAGAUUGUAAUUGUGAAGAUACAGAGGUUGAAUUAACGAAAUUACUCUGAUUA